AUGCAGCUGGAGAAACCUACUUGUCAAACUUUUGGACACCAGCAUGUGGGGAAGUGUUUGUUGGGAGUCGGAGCCUGCUACAAGUGUAACCAGCCGGGCCACCUGUCCUUCGAUUGCCCACAGCUGAGGGGGCCUGCGACCAGGAGAGUUUAUAUGAUGAAGACCGAGGAGGCUGACCCAUACACUACAUUGAUUACAGGCAGAGUAUUGGUUUUAGGAGUAGCCACCAAAGCCCUAUUUGAUUCAAGGGCUACUCACUCUUUUAUUUCACAUGCGUUUGUGCAUCGUAAGGGGAUUGCUCAGGUUGGCUUGACAGAAAGUCUACUAGUGACAAUUCCUUUUGGAGAGGAGUUGAGUACGACUAGCAUCAUCCAGAAUCUCAAGAUGGUGCUGCAAGGCCAUACUAUGCAUGCCGACUUGAUAGUAUUUCCGAUGCCCGAGUUCAGCAUCAUUCUAGGGAUGGUGACUAUGGUGCAGGAUGGUCCUUCUAUUUCUGAUAUGGAGGUUGUUGGGGAUUAUGCAAAUGUCUUUCCUGAUGACGUUAUAGGGAUCCCACCGAAUCGAGAGGUGGAGUUUUCCAUUGAGUUGCUACCAGGUACAGUGUCAAUCUCUAAGGCACCAUAUCGUCUUGCUCCUACCAAGAUGAAGGAGCUGAAGGAGCAGCUUCAGGAGUUUCUAGGAAAGGGGUUCAUACACCCUAGUGUUUCUCCAUGA